AUGUUUGACUUCAGAUGGCAGAGUAUUAUCUCUGCUCGAUCUCUGGUAAAUAAAGGGCUCAUUAAAAGGGUCGGUUCCGGAUCAUCCAUCUCAGUUUGGUAUGAUCCAUGGAUUUCUGAUUCCCGCCCGAGGUCAGCUAUUUGUAUCGGUGUUAAUUACUAUCCCCACCUGAGGGUGAGUGAGCUAAUUAACACUCAGACUUCAACGUGGAAUCUUCCACUAUUGCAACAAUUGUUCGAGAGCACUGAAGUUGCUCGUAUUACUGGGAUUACGAUUUCUACUGGUCUUAAGCCAGACAGGACUGGAUGGAUGUUCACUCAAACAGGGCGAUAUACGGUUAAAUCGGGGUAUAAGGUCCUCCAGGAGUUCCCGGACGUGGAGGGCACACCGGUAUUCGGACCAGACACACGUAGACUGCAAGCUCAGUCCUGGAAAGCCCGGAAUUACAAAGUUUUCUCCAAUACGGAUCAAGAUCCGAGAGAGGUUUUGGAUUCUGCAAUAACAGAGGCUCGUGCAUGGGCCGCAGCCCAACCGGCUGGAGAGAUGGACAAUGUGCGGAUAGACAUAUCAGCGACGCAACCGCCUUGUGGUGAAUGGUGUCAAAUAGAUGGAGCCUGGAAAGAGUCAGAGACUCGAAGCGGGACUUGGGUGACGGAACUGGAAGCGUUGGUGUGGGCCAUGCAAAUCAUGUUGGUCUACAAUAAACGGCGAAUGCAGUUUCAAACUGACUGCACUGAACUGGUGAAGAUGGUGUCUACACCGACAGCGUGGCCGGCGUUCGAAACACUGCUUGAAGAGGUGGAGAAGUGCAAGAGGCGGUUUGAGGCUUUCUCCAUAAUCCACAUACCGAGGACAACAAACACGAAGGCAGACAAGCUAGCACGGAGUGCUCGAGAUCAGCCUUAUGACGUGUAUUAUGUAAACUUAAUUCCACCAACAUCGCUCCCUGAGCUGAUUUAG